AUGGCUGCACCACAGAAUCCCCCCGGCUUUACGCCUCAUGUCUGGGAUCAACUGCAGCAAAGCUCACAUCACUUGGCGCAACAAACCCGAGGCAAUCGUCGCGGCCGUGGCCACAGCAGAGGUCCAGCACCUCAUCAUCACCGUCAGCAGCAGCAUUAUCAGUACGCCGCUCAAAACCAGGCUGCCUCUUUCCAAAAUCAGCAGGUGGCGCCGCUGUCAAGCAACAAUGAGGCUUUCCCGCCUCUAGGCACAGUCCCACCACCAGCUUCAAGCAACGUUUCACUUCAGCCUCAUUACCCCUCACCACCACCCUACCCUCAAUCCUUCCAAAACUUCCGUCAGGGUACCGCCCGAGAGUAUCAGGACCUUGCCAGAGGUGGUCAUCGCGGACGGUCGGGACGUUUUGGCCCGGCCCAGCAUUUCUAUCCAGCGGCACAAGCUGUUGAUCAGAAUCAAUAUUACGCCUAUGGACGACCUCCCGCACGUCACGCCAACCUGUUCAACCCAAACGGCAGCAUGGGUUUCGGCACUGUUGAACAGCAGCGUAGUAUGAGACAUGUCAUCAUGAAGCAGUCUGACUAUCUCAACAACGUCGGGAAAAAGGCCCAUGGUGUGCAUAGGCUGAGCAGAGACGAGGCAUUGGCCAAGGAAGACUUCCGAAAGGAGCUUGAAGCGGUUGCAAAGGAAGCUCUCAAGGCGAAAUACCCCGACUUGAACAUUGACGAAGUGAAACUGAAGUGCUACGGCAGCCUUGCAAAUGGGUUCGCACUGACCGGAUGCGACAUGGAUCUGCUUCUGUCAUUGCCGAGUUGGUCGAAAGAGAGAAACAGUGUGACGAUGGACGACGAACCGGGUGUGCAGCAGGAGUCAGAAUUUGACGACGAUGACGAGGAGCUCUCGUUCAACAUGGAGGUCCGGCGUGUCCUGGAAAAGACAUAUCUUGACCAGGGAUACGGCGCACGACUUCUCACCAACACCAGGGUUCCCAUCUUGCGCAUCUGUCAAAGCCCGAAGCCCGACUUGCUCAACAACCUGCGUGAGAAUCGCGCCGCCUGGGAGAAAUCUUCGUUUGAAACCCCCGCCGCCGAGGUCAAUCCCUUGCCUGCAGAUGAAGCAGAAACCAAUGCAGACAUUGAUGCUGUUGAGCAAGCUCUGACUGACCUCAAGAUCGCCAAUGCUGUUCCCAGAGCAUCCAUCUCCCGCGGUAAUACCGGCUUGGAAUUUACCGGGGAUUGUGGGAUCCAAUGCGAUGUCAAUUUCACCAACUUUGUCGCUCUUCACAACUCUGCACUGCUCAAGCUCUACAACACCUUUGAUCAGCGUGUGGCGGACAUUGGCGUCUUUGUCAAAAUCUGGGCCAAGUUAAGAGACAUCAAUACCCCUUACCGCGGCACCUUGUCCAGCUACGGCUACAUCUUGAUGGUCCUUCACUAUCUGAUGAACAUUGCGUCCCCUCCUCUCAUCCCUAACCUGCAGUACCUGGCCAAGAUCGAGGAUGACUGGAACCCGGGUAAAAAGGUCGAAUUGUUCGAAGGAUUCGACGUUCGUUUCCUCCAAGACCCCAAGGAGAUUGACGAGUUGCGUCGAGACACGUCAGCCCCCAAGAAUCAUGAGUCUGCCGGACAAUUGCUGCGAGGCUUUUUUCAAUACUACGCCACCCGUGAAGGCUUCCAUUGGACCCGGGAUGUCAUUUCCAUCAGACACAAGGGCGGCAUUCUGUCCAAACAGGAAAAGGGAUGGACUGAGGCCAAAUGGACCCAGAAAGGGGACAAUAAUGUGCGCCUGCGCUAUUUGCUUGCCAUCGAGGAUCCUUUCGAAGUUGAGCACAACAUUGCGCGAACAGUUGGCCACAACGGUCUCGUUGCAAUCCGCAAUGAAUUUCGCCGGGCAUGGUCGAUCAUCGAAAGGAUCGGUGUCGGUGAAGAGGUCUCGAUUGACGAGUUUCUUGAACCCGUCACAGAUCGCGUCGAUACACUGAGGAAGGACCUGGAGUUUCACAGGCAAAGGCAAAAGCAGAUGAAAGAAGAACUUGAGGCCCGAGAGAAGAGCGUGCUCGAGCAAGCCAAGGCACUGGGUGUUGAAGAUGCUGAUGGUCACACAGAUGGUACGUCGGGAAUUUCUGACCAUGCAAGCAUGGAAUAUGCCUCCUCUAUGCGGAGCCGGCGCCAAUCCCCAAGUUCGAAGCUGACGUCGACAACCCCGUACCAGGAAACAACCCCAUACCAGGAAAAGAACAAGCGGCGCCUAUCGAGGCCCUGGCUGCGUCAUAGAAAGGUCGAGGCUGAAAGCGACGACGACGAACCCCCUCUCGGCGGUAGCUCAACCGGUCGAGAGGGGCAAGAGGGUAUGCCAAAAGAUGACGCCCGCAUCAACGACACGUCAAUCACGCUCGGAUCGCAGCCUACGACAACUAAGCCGAGUCGAGGCCUUUGUUCACCUGGCGAUGUGCUCCUCGCCAAUGGCCUUGAUCACUGGGGCAAACCUGUGGCGUGGGAUAUCGAGACCCAAGAUGGACGCUGGCUGCAUUGGAGGGACAACAAGAUCAAAAAUGGGACAUAUCGCCAGUUUUCCAAUCCCACAUUGCGCGAACUCGACGCUCAAUGUCCUUUCGACCCCAGACGACCCGACCCUUACAUUGGUCAACCUUACAAUAGCCGUUUGGAGUCGCUGCAACGUCCCCCCUGGCCUGCCAACAGCUCUAUUGUCUCCGCAUCGAGCAAUCUUCCCACCAAACACGAUACGGCUGACGGCAAUGAGGUCGCGUAUCCCUCAGGAUUGACCGGAUCUGACGGGAGCAGAGCUCUGUCCUGCAGACAGCUCUCUCAGCCCCAAUCACAACUCUCUCAGCCCCAACCACAGCUCUCUUCAGCAUAUCCCGUGGGAAAUCUGAUCGAAUGGGACCCGACAACAGUUGGAGGGCACUUUCUCCUUUAUCGCGACAGACGUAUCCGUCAAGGGAAAUGGCAGCAUCAUCAACGGUCUCGAUUUACGGAAUUGGACAGCGCUUUCCCCUACAAUCCCAUGAUGACACGUGGAGAGCUUGAAGAGAAGAACAGGGUGUUGCGCACAUAUUACGUCCACACUACCUUUCGCACAAGAACCCCUCAGGAAAUCACAUGGGAUGAUGCUCGCAAAGAGGCUCCAAUGCCCAACCUCGGCGUGGCGGAGCCGGAUACAGCGAACAGUAUUGUUCCUCCGUCCCAUGGCGAAGUCUUCCCAAGACAAUUUCAGCGUGAUUAUACCUAUGGCCAGCCAGCUGUGGCAGACACAUUUGAUAUGCAGGAUGAAAAGUCGGUUACAACUUCUGCCCCACAAGCUCAUGAGAGCACUGCAGAAAUCCCUGCCGCGUCGGUGCUGGUAGAGCCUGACAAACCAGAUGCAGACUUCGUUCGAAGUCAACGGUUGGCGUUCUUUACCAAACAAGCCAGUGCAACUGAGAGUGAGGCUGGGACCAAUUCUCGAUUCUAUCAGCAGAGCAUCAGUGAGGAGUUGGAAAACAUGGACGAUGACCCUGGUCAAAUUCCUGUAUAUUCUCAUGAGCGGAGCGUCCAGCCCCUUGCUCAAGGGCAGUCUGAACCAGAAGAUCCAUCGCUCAACGAGCCGAGCCUGGUACACGACGAAGGCGAGGAAGGAGAGUCGCAGCCCUUGGAGAGUGGCUCUUUGGAGGACAGGCGUGACUUUGACCAACACGCCGCGAUGGGACUCGCGCCGUUCAAGGUACCUGCCACCCUCUACCCGGGUGUGGCUUCCAGCGAGCGACCAAGAGAUGAAGAUCCCCAGAUCAUGCCGAUUCCUCGAGAGUUGGGAUUUCAGUUCGACCCCCGACAGCUCCGCGAUCUGACCAUCAUAGCGAAAGGAGGAAAUGGCUGUGCCAGGGAAGGGGCGGAGUUCAGCAUCGAGGAGGAUUAUGAAUGGGGCGGGGGAGGCAUGAUGGGCUGGAAGACCAGCAGCCCACAUGCUGUCUUGAGUGUGGGAAAUACGUCUUACGAGGCUGGCCAAGGGGACCGAGAAGGGUUGCUUGCCGAGCUUCCCAUGGACCUUGACUGA